AAUAAGAUUAGUAAUUAAAAAGCUUGAUAGGAAUUGGCAAGUGUGCCUCCACCUUUCCCUCCCCUCUGAGCCGGGUUGGCGUGGAGUCCGCGGCGGGGCUGGCAGAGCACCUGCAGGAGCGACGGCAGGACGGCACUGCCGAAGUCUCUGCCCGCCAGCAGGAAAUGGAGAAAUCCCGGCCGCUAUGGGACAACCCCUUGCAGUUUGUUUUCGCCUGCAUUUCUUACGCCGUGGGGCUGGGAAAUGUGUGGAGGUUUCCAUAUUUAUGCCAGAUGUAUGGAGGAGGUGGCUUUUUGAUCCCAUAUUUCAUCAUGCUGAUUGUGGAGGGGAUGCCACUGCUCUACCUGGAGCUGGCAGUGGGGCAGCGCAUGCGCCAGGGAAGCAUUGGUGCCUGGAAAAUAAUAAGCCCCUACCUCUGUGGGGUUGGGGUUGCCAGCGUGGUCGUCUCCUUCUUCCUCUCCAUGUACUACAACGUGAUCAAUGCCUGGGCCUUCUGGUACCUCUUCCACUCCUUCCAGGACCCACUGCCAUGGGCCACCUGCCCCCUGAACAGCAACCGCACGGGGUAUGAGGAGGAGUGUGAGAAGACGUCGUCCACCCAGUACUUCUGGUACCGGCAGACCCUGAACAUCUCUCCCUCGCUGGAGGCCAGCGGGGCCGUGCAGUGGGAGCAGGCACUGUGCCUGAUGCUGGCCUGGCUGGUGGUUUACCUCUGCAUCCUCCGCGGCACUGAGUCCACCGGCAAGGUCGUCUAUGUCACGGCCUCCUUGCCGUACUGCGUUCUCAUCAUAUACCUCAUCAGGGGAUUAACACUUCAUGGUGCUGUCAACGGGCUUAUUUACAUGUUUACACCAAAGCUGGAGCAGCUGUCGAACCCCAAAACAUGGAUCAGUGCUGCCACGCAGAUCUUCUUCUCACUGGGCCUGGGCUUCGGCAGCCUCAUCGCCUUUGCCAGCUACAAUGAGCCGAGCAACAACUGUGAGCGCCAUGCCAUCAUUGUCUCCCUCAUCAACAGCACCACGUCCAUAUUUGCCAGCAUCGUGACUUUCUCCAUCUAUGGCUUCAAGGCGACGUUUAACUAUGAAAGCUGUAUAAACAAGGUGAUUCUGCUGCUGCUGAAUGCUUUUGACCUGGAGGAAGGCUCCUUGACAGCAGACAACCUCAACGAGAUGAAAGACUACCUCAUGGCCACCCACCCGCAGGAAUAUGCCCAGUUAUUGCCACAGCUUAAAAAUUGCAGCUUGGAAGCUGAGUUAGACACGGCUGUCCAGGGAACAGGGUUAGCAUUUAUUGUCUAUUCUGAAGCAAUCAAAAACAUGGAAGUGUCUCAGCUGUACUCCGUGCUCUACUUUGUCAUGCUUCUGAUGCUGGGCAUCGGCAGCAUGCUGGGAAACACCGCCGCCAUCCUCACGCCCCUGACCGACAGCAAGGCCAUCGCCACCCGCUUCCCCAAGGAGGUCAUCUCGGGUGUCGUGUGUUUCAUUAACUGUGUCAUUGGCCUGAUAUUCACCAUGGAGGCCGGCAAUUACUGGUUUGACAUCUUCAACGACUACGCAGCCACCCUCUCGCUGCUGCUCAUCGUGCUGGUGGAAACCAUUGCUGUGUGUUACAUCUACGGGCUGAGAAGAUUUGAGAAAGAUCUUCACACGAUGAUUGGACGCAAGCCCAACUGGUAUUGGAAAAUUAUGUGGGCUUUUGCUAGUCCUUUGCUAAUUAUAAGCCUAUUUAUAUUUUACCUCACUGACUAUAUCCUCACGGGAACACUUCAAUACCAAGCAUGGGAUGCCACACAGGGGCAGCUGGUGACAAGAGACUACCCUGGCUACGCCCUGGCGGUGAUAGGGCUGCUGGUGGCAUCGUCCACCAUGUGCAUACCCCUGGGGGCACUUGUCACUUUUGUACGGAAGAGGCUGAAGAGGGAAAGAGACUCAACUGUCGCAUGAACGCCAACGGCUGGAUUUGGGAGGACCUCACCCGCCUCACCAGCGCCGGGGCGCUUCUGGAAGACAGCAGCAAGCAUUAUCUGUAGCAGCUACUUAGAGAUUUGAGAACCUUGGGUGCUAUAUUUACCAAACAGUGCUCCCGGGAGGUCCCACAACGGUUCAGAAAACAAGCUCUUCUCUAACAGGAUGAAGAUUUAACAUGGCCUCUGAAAGAGGGGAAAGAGCAGACCAGCAGCUCACAACAUGUUAACUAGCAGGAAUUAACCAGCAGUUAAGUACCUUAGGCAAUUCCCUUCCUCUCUGCUCUAGCACUGCCUAUCUGGAAACAUGAGCAACCAGCUAAGCAUGUUCCCAAACCAAAGUACUGGCAAAUAUCCUUACUGGUCCA